AUGCCCUCCCUCGCAUCGAGACAAGUAGCUGUCAUUGUCAGCUUCGCAAUAUUGAAUGCAUUGGCUCUGGUAGCCGUGGGUUUGAGGUUCUACGCUCGAGCCUUCAUACGGAGAAAAAUCCAAGUUCAUGAUAGUCUUACAAUCAUCUCGUUGGUUAUGCUCAUUGGCUACACAACCUGUCUUCUAGUUGCUACAGUCAACGGAGGCGUCGGUACACAGGCUAUAGUAUCUGGGCUUAGCAUCACGAGCGUGUUGAAGACUUUCUUCGCCUCCCAGCUAUUUUGGGCAAUUGGAAUAGCCUGCUUCCGUCUUGCAAUCCCUGACCUCUACAUUCACACCUUCCCAGUUCAAAGGUUUUGUAUCGCGGCAUAUGUACCAGAAGGAACCAUCGUGCCGUAUCUCAUUGGUAGCAUUGCCACCACACUACGUCUCUGUCGCCCAUUAGCAUACUACUGGAAUCCAAGCCUCGAGGGCUCAUGUGACAAUGCAGUGACUGCGGAACUCGCGGCGGCCGUCAUUAAUAUGAUCCUUGAUAUCAUCGCCGUAUUACUGAAAGUACCAGUUAUUUGGAAUUUACAAAUGGCCAUCGACAAAAAGGUAGCUGUCACGGCCACCUUUGGUCUGGGACUAGUUGCCAUUUUGACUGUGGCGGAGAUGGCAGUUGGAAUCAUGGUGGCCUGUGCACCCACCUUUGGCCCGGUCAUUUGUCCUAGCCGCAGAAGACGGUUCGCAGAGCAGGAGCAGGGCCUCAGUGGCAGCAGUCACGCCAGCGGUGGUCGGUGGCCCUUGAAGCGAUCGAGACAGAAUGCUAUUGCUUCUUCUGCGUCUACCCCUGAGCAUCACCCCUACAGACAGUUUACAUCCGUUCACUACGACACGAGUCUAGAAUGCAAAGUGAGAACUCUCGGAGUGGGCUUAUUCGGAACUUCCAUCAGAACACACACCCCAGCAAAGUCUCUAUGUCUGAGCAGGUUGAACAAGCUCAAACAUUGCAACGAUGAUUUAGAAUCGGAAUCCACUGGUGAACAAGCCUGGAGGAACAGCUCUUCAUCAAGCGAUAUUGAAUCAACCAAGCUAUAA